CGGCCCGAUGGGCCCGGUCAGGAGGAUCCUCUCCAUUUGCCCAGGAGAGGAUCCUGAUCCAUCAGAUAUGUCUCACAAAAUGGCUUGAAUAUAUACUAGGGCCCAAGGAAUGUGGGACCCAGGUACACUGAAUUUUAAAUUAUUUAUCAAAUUUAAGCCAGAGUACAAAACUUAAUUUAGUUUCAAAGAUUGAAUUGGAAGGAAUAGUUGAAAAUCAAGAGUAUGCAACGGAUGAUCAAAAUACUAAACUAUGAAUAAUACUUUAUUAAUUGAAACGAAGAGAAUGUUACAAACUUGCCUAAACGUCUCAUAAUCCGUAAGAUGAGAAGGAUUGCCAUUGACCCCAAGCCAGAGUAAGAGGCCGACAACUGGGGAUUGUAGAGUUUAGGGUUUCUGGUUUGAGGAGAAAGGGUUGGGAAGAGAGAAAAUUAGGUGUGUUGACACUUGACAAUCUCUAAUUUAAUUAAUUUUCCAACAUGAAUAAACCACUAUUUUCAAUGUCGAAGAUGAAUAGCUCGUUGAGAAAAUGUAUUCUAAUCCCUUGAAAAAUGAUAGAAUAAAAAAGGGAGGUGUUUUCUUCAUUUCUAAUCCCCUCAAAAUGAAAGAUUAUUCAACUAUGCCUUCAUAAUACCUUGAUUACACGGUUAUAUAUCCAAUACUAGUGGAGCUAAGGUGAUGCAGUAAUUUAUAAGGGUAAUGCUUUGUUGCAAUAUAUUUCAAAAAGCCUUAUUAGAUGGUCAAUUUGGAUCACACAUUCAAAUGAAAAUAUUUAGUUAGUGUCUAGGUUAACAUUAACAGUGUGAUAAAAAAGAAGUUUAUAUAGGUGUAUAGAGAAUCGAGUAAUUACCUGACAACUCUUUUAAAAGUGUUUUACAAUUCUCUGCCUAUUAUGGGUCGUAUCUAAACUAUAACAUGAGACGCAUAUUAAAUGAUAAAUGCUAUAUCUGCCAUCAAGGUGCGGUUGAAAGGGAAAACCUGAAACCAACCGGAAGUCGUUAGUUCGUGAUAUGUUUCUUAUAUGUUAUAUAUAUUUUUAACCGCAAAGUAAUGGAUGCUUGGACAGUCGGUGGUGGCCAGAUUAGUACGACCAGUGUCUUGUUUUCUUCUGCUAGGAAGCAGGUUGAAAAUCCUAGGUCAGAGGAAAAUCUACUCGACGGCUCCAAGUGUGGCCACUCUUUGUUUAACAUGGACUUGGACCCACCAUUUUACAAGGCCUACAAGACCCUUUUCGACAAAACCGUCGACAAAGCCAACAACAUCAACAACAACAACAAGGAGGAGGUGUUACAACAGUUUGUUAUGGUGGAGGAAUGUGAGCUGCCACUGAUCAAUCUGGGGCGGCUGGAGCUAGGAGAAAAAGAGAGGGAGGAGUGCAUGACGGAGAUAGCUAGGGCAUCGCAAGAGUGGGGUUUCUUUCAGGUAGUGAAUCAUGGGAUUUCAGGAGAGCUUCUUCAGAAGAUGAAGAAUGAGCAAGAGAUGGUGUUCAAGCAAUCUUUUGAUAAGAAGAGGCAAGAGGACAAGUGCUUGAACUUUUUAUCGGGAACUUACCGUUGGGGAACUCCUUCUGCCACAUGCCUACGGCAGUUAGCAUGGUCUGAAGCUUUUCACAUUCCACUCAAUGAUACUUCUGCUACAUCAGCUUCUGGUCUCAAUUAUACACUCAGCUCAACAAUAGAACAAUUUGCUACAACAAUUUCAAGUUUGGCAGUGAAAUUGGCUGAAAUUUUGGCUGAGAAAUUAGGUCACAAAUCAACAUUUUUCCAAGAAAAUUGUUUUCCCAGCACUUGCUAUCUUCGAAUGAAUCGUUAUCCACCGUGCCCCAUCCCUUCUGAGGUGUUUGGAUUGAUGCCACACACUGAUAGUGAUUUCCUCACAAUAUUGCAUCAAGACCAGGUUGGCGGAUUGCAGUUGAUCAAAGACGAUGAAUGGAUCGCAGUUAAACCUAAUCCAGAGGCUCUAGUCAUCAACGUUGGAGAUCUAUUUCAGGCAUGGAGCAACAAUGUGUACAAGAGCGUUCAACAUCGAGUUGUCACGAACUUACAAGUGGAACGAUUCUCAACUGCAUAUUUCUUAUGUCCUUCAUAUGACACCGUGAUACAGAGUUGCAGGGAGCCUUCUGUCUAUAGAAAAUUCAGCUUUGGGGAGUAUAGGCGGCAAGUCCAAGAGGAUGUUCAAAAACUGGGUUCGAAAAUAGGUCUUCCUAGAUUUGUCGUAUAAUUUGUAAUUAAUUAAACCACCACAGAUGAAUUUUGCUAGUAAAUUAUUAGGCUAUAUAUCUCGAUAUGUGGGGGAGAACGGAUAUAAUUAAAAAAAUGUUAUGUAUAA